AUGGCGGCCGCAGACAUCCUCUACUUCACUUUGUGGCUCACCACAGUCUUCCCCACCGGACUUGGAUGCCCUGAGCUCUGUGCCUGCUCAGACAAAUACUUCCGCCAUUUUGCCGAAUGCUCCUACAAAGACUUAGCUGAAGUCCCAGACGGUUUUCCUCCUAAUGUUACAACCAUGAGUCUCUCCGCCAACAGGAUCAGCGUGAUACCGCUGGGGAGCUUCGACAAUGUCACCCAGGUGACGUCGCUGUGGAUGGCCCACAAUGAGAUCGUCUCCAUCGAACCAGGGGCCCUCACGCCUUUGGUUCACCUGCGUAACUUUGACGUCAGCCACAAUAAAAUCGUAGACUUUCCUUGGGAGGAUCUGCAGAACCUCACGGGCCUGCAGCUUUUGAAGAUGAACCACAACGAGAUGGUCCACCUGCCGAGGGAUGCCCUAUCCAGCCUCAAAGACCUGAGGUCCCUCCGACUCAACAAUAACAAAUUCACAACCAUAGCUGAAGGGACGUUUGACGGUUUGGUGUCUCUGUCCUAUCUGCAGAUUUAUAAAAACCCUUUUGUGUGCACCUGCUCCUUCGACUGGUUAAGAGACUGGAUUUCAACAACCACCAUCUCAGUCCCAGAGCAGAAUCUGAUCACUUGUGCGUCUCCGGAGAAACUUAAAGGGGAAGUGAUCGGAAAACUGCCCGAGUCAAAGUGCACAAGCACAAGUGUCACAAUACGAAUUGAGCCAAAUACUCAAAACAAAACUUUCUAUGAGGGCAGCACACUGGUCUUGACUUGUCAAUUCACAGGAAACCCAAAGCCGCUGGUCAUGUGGAGCAUUCGCAGCAAAAGCCAGAAGCAAGAGCUGGCUUUGUCAUUCACUGAGGACGACUCAGCAGAACCAGACGAGGCCUCCUUACUGUCCCAUGAUCAUGUCAAAGUCUUUAACAACGGCACUGUUGUCAUUUCACACCUCAGGAAGGAAGACGGUGGCAACUACAGCUGCUCCGCCACAAACGAAUUUGGAAGAGCUGAGGAUUCGGUGUCAGUGAAGGUGGUGGCUUCACCAAAACCACCACCCAUGAAACAAAUAACCACAACACCUUCGUACUCUAGAACGCCACCAUCUAUACACCAAACGGAUAAAACGUCUGUCGUUGAUUCUGUGCAUCUCCCAGAUUUAAUGAGAAAAGAAAUUAUAAACGUCGUACCCACUUUCCCGCCCACUGCGGAGAUCAAGUCUUCUGAGGAGGCAACAAGAUAUCCGUCACGUGCUACUAAAUGUGGCUUGACGGCUAACACGAGAUACAUUUCUAGCCACGUCUUCAACGGGAGCCUGGAUGACAUCAAGCAGUACACGUUUGACUUUGGAGUCAUCGCUUUAGGAGUGUCAGAAACAGAGGCGACAGUGCGACUCAACCCUCUUCUUAUACCCAGAGACAGGAGCGUCAACAGGGCCCCCGCAGCCGCCGCCUCAUCCGAGAGCUUCCAGGCUGACAGCGAAGAGCAUCAUGGGCUUUCAGACGCUUCUGAAGUCCAUUCAAAUGGCUUGUAUCUGUGCGUCACCGCUGACCGCAAACAUUCAGCCGUGCAGUGGUCGAGGAUCAAGGAGGGCGUCAACACGUAUCUGUUCAGCGGCCUCCGUCCUGGCACCAACUACUCCCUGUGUCUGACCUACAGAGGGGAGGACUGUGAGGUCCAGGUGCUGUUCACCACCAGGAGGAGGGUGCCUAACCUGCUCAUCAUCAUCUCGGUCAGCAUCUGCCUCCUCACUGUGUCUACCGUGCCUCUCCUCGGUGCGACGUGCUUCCACCUGGUGUACAAAUACCGCAGCAAGACCUACAAGCUAAUCCUGAAGGCCAAAGACCAGUACCACAUGGAGAGGAACCUCGCCGCCAACUUCAACAUCCACGGUUCUCACACCGAGUCUCAGAGGAAGAUCAACGGCAGCCAGCUGGAUGAGGAGGAGGGAGAGACGGAGAGCAGAGACGGAGAGAGGGAGGCAGAUACAGAAGAAAGCAUCAUGACCGAGUCCUUUAGUCUGUCUCAGUGCAGGGGGAAUUUAGAUAACUGUGAGGUAGGAUCUGAGUACAGCGAUAGGUUACCUUUGGGGGCUGAAGCAGUAAAUAUUAUAAGCAACUAUAAAUAUCCAAAUCAGUAAUUGUUUCUGACAUAAUCAUCAGUUGUAGUUUCUUUUUGCAUAUGGUUAAAACAGGUUAAAAUCAGUUUGUGCCAAUAGUUUAGGGUCUGUUCUAGAAAUAUUGCUUUGUUCCUCAGUGACAAGACUCAAAGUAAUGUACACGCUUUAAACCUCACCCUAAGCUGCAUUACAGGAAAACCCAGCUACCAACGUUUUAGUGAAUCAGCCCUGGUUUAAGCUAUUUUACCCUUGUUGUAAUCUCCACAGUUAUUUGCAUAUGAAGGCAGAAUCAGGAGGCAAAGGACUAGAUUUUGGCAUCAAAAGUGAGUCGUGUUGAUCAAUCACCAAAGAGGUGGCUGAAAUACAAUCUCAGAACCGAUCACCUGUCGUAUGACAACAAUUUAUCUUUUUUUUGUAUUAUAUUAGCUGAAAUGUCCUCUGGAUCAAAUCUCAAGUUGCUAAUCGGACUGUAAACAAUGAAGGAAGGAAGUCGCUACACCAGAACUCCUGAAACAUCGUCCACUAAAUUGUUGUCAGAUGUUAGCUGAUGGGUUCUGGAUAUCACAGCUUGUUUUCUUCUUUUUAAAUUGUAAUUCAUUCAUGUAUAUUUCUAAAAAAAGCUGCUCUGGCAUACAAAGAUACAACCAGUUUGUGUUCCAGAGAGAGUAGAAAAGUAGAAAGAGGUUUCAUAUUUUAUUAAGACAUUAUUGAUGAUGUGUUUCGGCCAGAGGCCUUCCUCAGAGCACGAGCAGCAUUUAAAGGAGUAGUCAGGAGAGGAGGAGAACGCCAGUACCACUCGUAAUGUCCGCCAGUAAAUGCGCAGAUACAGCCAAUUAGCUUAGCUUAGCACAAACAGGGUAUAAAAAACAGCUGGCUUACUAACAGCUUGAGUAAACUAGUUGGUGUCCUAAAAAAGAAAAGCACACAGAAUGCAGAAAUAAUAGAAAAGGCUAAGAAAUGUUAAAAUGUGCAUCUGGGUCCAAAUCUAGACAGUGACAGACAAUCAUGGAAUAAAGCAAAUGUAUUAUUAUUAUUAUUUAUUCAAUUUAUUUAAGUAAGUGCACUAGUUCAUAAGAAACAUCAGUCAUUCUGUAAGAGAAAUCCUAUAAAGAAAGUUGAAAGUUUAAAUUUCUACCACUGAAAUCUUUUCUGUUGUUCUGUCCACUUCCCACAGACAAACAGACAAGAGGUUAUAUUUUAUAUAUUUCAGUUUUAAUCCAUCACAGUGAACCAGGAGGGUUUAAUUAGUUAAUUAGUGCCUCUUGUGCAAUCUGUAACAGUCGUUCUUACACCUGCACAACCCUGUCUCUUAGAAAUUACUUUUGUUUUCAUAUCACAGCAUUGUAAUACCGGUCAGGAUUAUGUUCACAGACAACUUUUUUUGAGUCACAAAGAGGCAAAAAAGCACUUUGAUUUUGGCUUAUGUCUCAAAUCACUGCUGACUUUUGAAUAAUACUGUAGUCACUAUGAGCAAAUAUUAUUGCCUAUUUUGGCAGAAAACAAAUUAAAUAUGUAGUCAGUAAACAUUUAAGGUACGUUAAUG